AUGGCCAAUAUGUUUGCGGACCCCGAAAUAGUCAAGCUCUGGAACGAAGCAGUCGCUGCACACCGCGAAAAAACCAAAGUCGACUUGGAGAGCACGGCCAACAAGGAGAAAACCACCAUCUUUGUUUCCUUUUGGAACAGCCUUCGACCAAAGAAGACAUCAUCACUGGUUUCUACAAAGGGCACCAAGCACCAAGAUCACGACGACGACGAAAAGCCCAUCAAACCCGAGCAACAGCAAGUCGACGAGUUGAUCGACAAACUUACAGCCGAACAUGAGCAAUUCCAGUCGCUUCGCAAUGAUGGCGGGAAGAUCGACAAGAUUCGGCAUGGCCUGGGGAAAUUUGCCUCGGCCAUGGCUGGCGUCGGUCCGGUCCUUGAAAGGCUUGCCGAAGACACGCCAGCAGCGAUAGUUGCCGUCGCAUUUACACACAUCAUGACCUCCUUCACCGAGGUGUCAGCCGAUCUUGACCUCAUACAAAAUCUUUUCGUGAUAAUGAGGUCCUUUGCCGAGAGACUAGGCCUCCUUAAGAGAGUGCCGGAGGAGCAGCGGUUCCGCAACUUGAUCCUCAAGACUUUCACCCACAUGCUGGAGUUCUGCACCCGAGCCCACAUGCGCCUCAAGAAGGACCAGUACCGAGUCAAAGAAUGGGCGAAGGCUCUGUUCCGAGGACAAGACAAUGAGCUCAAAGAAGCCUAUGACCGAGUCGUCACAGCCAUUGACGACAUGGGUUCCGCCAUCGUCGCCCAGACUUUGGCUUCGGUGCUUGACUUUGAGAACAAGACCGAGAGGAUGCUGCAGCGGGGCUUCUCCCGGAUGGACAGUGGUUUCAGAAGGGUAAACAGCGGUCUAUCUGUAGUCUUGAGCAACCAGCGCUACGAGUCGCAGCGCGGACAGAGGCGAGACGAGGAGCAACGCGGUUUCCGAGAAGAGAUCCGCCAGCACAAUGAUAGAAUCUUCAACAUUCUUGUGGGAAAGAACGCCAAGUCGACUGGCAGCUCCGAUGCUAGGAGAUACAACUCCCUCGCCAUCAUCACAAAAUCAUUAUUUACUGGCGCCGAAGAGCUAAUCCAGCAGAGAUGGGUGAAAAUGGAGAGAGAGUUCGUCAAGAAUACAUUUGCUUGGUUCAAUGAUGACUUUGAGAAAUUGAAGACCAUGGACGGCGGCGUGUGGUACAUUGGUGGAGAGUCCGGCAUGGGGAAAAGCUUCUUCUCUUUUGCUAUCUACUCCCGUCUCGCCCUGGAGUUCGAGAACGACCCGUUCACAUCUGUGGCGUCAUUUAUCUUCGAUGAGAACUUUGAAAAACUGGAAAGAGUGGAUAAUGUGCUUUACUUCUGUUCAGCCCAGAUCGCCUCAACAGACAACAGCUAUCGCCAGCACAUUCAGAGCUUGGUUGACGACGACGAGAAGGGAGAGUGGAAGAAGGAUGCCUGGGACAAGUUGUACGGCUCAACAUUCGCCAAAACUGCUACAAAAGGCAGGCGGCUUUACCUUGUCUUGGACGGAAUCGACCAACUGGAGAACGAUCAGCUUAGUCGUCUUUUCCGCUACAUCAAACAAGCCGCAGGAUUGCGCAUCAUCUUUGUGAUUUCCGGUACCCGGGAUUUGAAGAGACGCCUUCCCAGAGUCGACCACACAAUCACGCUAGAUCAAGCGGUCUUGUCUGGUGACUUCAAACUGCUGACACAGUCCCGUGUCGAGCUGUACCCAGGGCUUGUGGGACUUCGAUCCUCCCUCAAACGCAAGCUCUGCUCGGCGAUGGAAAUGUCUGCCGACUCAUUCUUCUACGUCAACUACAUGCUUCGGCAACUCAACACCAUGAAGAUUGCGUCUUUGAUAGAAAGCUCGCUCAGGCCAGUUGCGCUUCCCAAGAAUACCGAUGCUAUCUACCAUCAACUAUUUCAGGAAUGUGAGCAAUACUACACAAACAUCAACGAGAAGAAGGCAUUGGGCUAUCUUUUUACUUGGCUUGCGUAUUCGUACGAUCGUGUGAGCCUUGAUGCUGCGCAGAAACUUGUCGACUUGGUACUCGUUGCUGUGCUCGGCGACAGGAAGCUUCAUUUGGACAUCAAGACUGAGAUCUUGGGAAGAUUAGCAAAAAUUCUCUCCUUCUCAGAACCCGAGGAUAAUACCCUGUACCCUGAAAGUCCUGACGUCGACGAUGACAAUAAUGAAGGUAUCCCCCGUUUUUCCAACAGAAAAGAAACCACCGUACCGGAAGUGUUGGUAAGCUUCCAACAGCACUCACUGCGAGACUAUUUUAUUAGACGUCAUGAUCCCGCAACGAGCAGUGACUUGCAGCCCACAGAGCACCAGGCGCGCAUCAUGAUGUUCAAACUAACCACAACCAUACUCACCACUCCAAAGGCGGCACAAAACCCAUCCCUUGUCUCCGUGGCAACGAAAUACGCCUUUUAUCACCUGGUCGAAGCACAGCCCUUGAGCUCACCUGAGGAAGUCAAAGCAGUGGCUGAGGACCUAUACGCUCUUCUCGGCUGCGGCGAUGGUGCAUUGAGAACAAUCGAAGGCCAAUUCGAGUUUCAGCAAGACUCAGAAGAUGUUGAGGACUUUUGCAGCAUCUUUGGCUUCACGAGGGAUGAAGUUAACGAGGUCCUCGCUGCCCUCUUGGCGAUUAGCUCACAAGUGUCUAAACUACCAGCCCAACAUCAGUUGUCUGAGAAGGAGUCACACUGGGUCAGUUCCACUUUGAGGAACAGCGACUCAAUCUUCAUCACAGUUGCUAUGGGGCAUGUACGGAACUGGUUGGACAGCGACAAGACUGUUACUUCCAGUAAAGCUUUUGCGGGGUUCCGCUUUGCGCAUGUGGCUCUCUGUUCGCUCACGGCAUCGGCUCUCCGAAGCCUGAUCCAAGGGCCGCAGCUAAAGCUGAAAAGAGGAGAGAUUGACUCGGGGGUCAACAUAUGGCCGGAUGAAGACUUUGAGGCAGUGGCGAUUAUCGGCCGUUAUCCGCAACCACUUGGUCCACAAGAAUACAAACAAAUCUCCAAGGCCCUUCACUACGAUCUCCGCAACAUGGGCGCACAGAGGGCGGCAGAGAAAGGCCUCAAACUGGCCAAAGAUUCUCGCGACAUCUUCGACCUCCGCUAUCGCAUCGCUCGUGCCAGGUUCGAUGAGUGGGUGUAUCCUGAACACGAAAGCAGUGGCCCGGGGGUGACACCGGAAGCUGUUCUGGCCGCUUGGAACCUCUGUCUCAGUGAUAUCCCGCCUGUUGAUCCAAAAGACCAACCUUUUAAGAACAUGCUCAACGCAGCCUAUCAAAUGAAGGCACGCGUAGAAAGCACCCUGGACGCUCACCACCGAGAUGCGCUCGCCUCCAUGCAGAUGGCAGCCACUUUCCAAACCACCGAGUCUUGCACGCGCGUGUUUGAAGAACUCGUCGUGGCCUUCGGUGAUAAGAAGCUCUACGCUGAGAUUAUCCAGCUUCUCAAGGCUCUCUCAGAAUGGUCCAACCCUCUCACCAUCCGCUGCACAGAUGUAACACACCGCCAUAUCCACCGCGCCGCCAUGGCCACCGACGAAAAGUCUUUUGUCCGGAAGCUCUACGUCGAAGCCGCCUCUUCAGAUACCCUAGCCGAAGACACGUCAACAGAGGAAUCUGACAUCCGAAUCUGGCUCUCCCUGUUUGACCGCUUCGUCAUGAACGAGCCGCGCAAAGCCCAGAACCAGCUGCUCAAGCUUGUCCAGAACCCGCCCAGCAAGAUCUCGUUCUUUGCCUCAGAAAGGGCGGCAAGACAUCUGGCAGACAUCUACCUCGAGGAGUUCCGCAUAUCCCGCAGCUUGUCCUACAAGUUAGGUGUCCUGACGGACAUGGAGAGCACGGUCGUCCAAAUGCUCAAAGACAGGCUAGGUCUGGAGUUCAAGCCCAAGCUUUCCAAGACGAGCACCAUUGUAUUGGCAGUCAUGCGCCGCAAGGUUGGGCCGGCGGAGCAGUUCUACAACGAUCUCAACGAUAGCUUUGAGGCGUGCUGCCAGGCUCUGACUGAUGGAACCGAGGUCAACGACGCCCCUAGUUUGAGGCUGCUGGCAAAGGUGCUUUCGGUGCUGGUGCUACCGCCACCAGGCAGAAUCGGAGAGAGCCUGUUGAAGGAGGACGCGCAGGUUGCGUUGAGCUGCCAGUUUUAUUUGCUGCCUUCUGCCGGUGGAGUCAGUACUAAGCGGCCGUCGCAGCAGCAAGUUACGAAAGUCGACAGGGCGCUGUCAUCAAAGAGGAUAACGUCACCAAAGGGAACAAACUCGCCCAGGAGGAUGGACUCGCCGAAGCGGACGGUCUCGCCGGCCAAGGCUACUGUUCCGGUGCAAAAGCCAGAGGGGAAAUACGCAUUCAACAAGUCUGCGGGCUUGGAGUGCGCCAUGUGCAGCAAGAUCCUGACCGACUUUUCACAGGGGAAGGUUUACACGUGUGUUUACUGCACCAAUGUGGAUUUGUGUGAGGAAUGCUACCGGGUGAGGGAGAGCCACUACGACAGCGCGGGGAUUCUCGAGAAUGGUGAUGUUAUCUCGCCCUCGGCAACUGGUGUGAACGGCAAGGCGGGAGUAAUUGGAAAGAGGCCAGUGAAUGACUAUGUCGAGGUCUGUCCUUGGGGCCAUAUGCUGGUUGAGUCACCUGUGAAGGGGUGGAAGGGUGUGCGUAAGGAUGGUGUGUUGGAGUAUGGUGGGGAGGAGAUCAAAUUCAGUGAUUGGCUGGAAGGGUUAAAGGGACGGUGGGAGAGGGCCUGGUGGCGGUAUUGGAGGGAGGUUGAACAGUGA